AUGUUAAGAUAUUAAUCUGAGGAAAGUGAAGCAAAACUAAAAUCUGUUUAAUUGCCUUCAAUUAAGCAAGGUCAUACUGUUAUAGGAGCUUCUGAACUUGAAUAAAUUAAAUCACAUAUUAGUAUCACAGAACAAAAAUCAAAGAAAGUAUAACUUAAUCAUUUUAAAAUAGAGUAUUGAUAAUAAUUAAAGGGUUUGGGCAUAGAGAAUUGAGAAAUAAAGAUCAUAGAAGGAGAAAGAGAAGUUUGAUAAAUUUUAGAUUGAAGAAGAAGAGAGAAGAAAGAUGGAUAAGGUUGAAACUGAUUUUCAAGAGAAAUUAAAGUAGGAUUAAGUUGUUGAUGCAAAUAACAAGAUAUUUAGUCAAAGGGGAGAGUAAUUCAAAAAACGAUUUUUAGUGUACGCAAUAUGAAGUCAAAAAUGCUUAUGAGUGAAAAUGAGAAGAUUAAUGAAGUUCUAGUUCGUUUUAAUAAAGAAAGACAUGAAAUGUAAAUGACCCUUGAAGCUGAACGAUUAAAGGAUGUUGAUGUGAAAAGGUAAAUGGAGGAGUAAGCAGAAUUAGAGAAGACUUAAUAAAAAGAUUAAUUAAAAAGAGAGACUUAUGCUGUUUUAGCAAAAUAACAUAAUGAGAUGAAAGAGAAAUACUUUAAAGAAUAUACAAAAUUGUAAUAAGAAGGAUAAUUAAUAAAAAGAUAAGCAGAAGAGGAAGAAUAAGAAAAAGAGUAUCAAUGAAUAUAUUAUUAGAAAGAAGAAAGAGGAGGAGAAGUUGAAGAAACAAAAACUAUUAGCAGAAAGACAGAAAUUUAUGGAUGUUAAAUAAUCUAUAUAAGAUGAAGAAUAGAUGUUGUUAGAUAAAGAGGCAAAGGAUAGAAAUCAUUUUGAAAAUAAAAAGGAAAGGGUUUUAGAAAUGAGAAAAUAAAGAGUAUUUUUAAUCUAAUUUAUUAGGAAGCUUAAAAAUUAGAACGUUAAAUGUAACUUAAAUAAAAGAUAUAUGAUAUGAGAGUUAUAUAAUUAAAAGAAUAAGAAGAUAAUUAUAUGUAAAGAGUUUAGAAACAUGCAGAAGAAUUAUAAAGACAUGAGGAAGAAGUAGCAAGAUAAAAAGAAUAGGAGAAGAUAUAAAUGAUAAAAGAAGGAGAGACUUUUAGAUAAAGAUAAUUGAAACUUAAGGAAACUGUUAAAGAAAAAGAAGAAGUUGAUGCAAAUAAAGAAUAAGUGCUAAAAAUAAAUGCAUUACAAUAAUUAUCUGUAAUAGAAGAAUAAUAAAAAGAAAUUCUGAAAAAACGUAAUAAAGAAUUAUUGGAUUAUUAGAAAAUAUAAAUAGUAUUUCAAAUAUUAAAUUUAGGAAUAAAAAAAAUAAGCCAGAAGAGAUUAAUAUAUGAAUGAGCUUAAAGAAUCCAAAUAAAUGGAAUUAAGAGCUUAAUAAUAUAGAGAAACCUUUAUGAAUUGGGCUAAAUAAUAGGUUGAAGAAACAAGAGAACAAGGUUUAAAUUUAUAUCCUUUAUUGAAGACAUUAAAAUUAUGA